AUCUAGUGGAUAUAGGAGGUUGAGCUGCUAAGAUUGCUGGUUAUACAUUUGUAUUAUAGAGAAGAGAAUCAGAGAUCCCAUCAGAUCUACACAUUCCAAAACAUCAACAUUCCCUUCGUUUCAAUACCAUAAAAUUUCAGUUUACUGUGGGUUUUGUUUACAUUCUGAAAGAGCGCUGUGGAAACUCAUCUUAAUGGACUAUCGUUAUUAAAUAAAAGCUCAAUUCCAAGCUGAAACAAUAAAAGAACUAAUAUUCAAGGGAUCAGAAGAAUUGCAAGACCAGAUAUCGAAAGGAACAAAAUAUGACUGAUAUCUUGGACUACAAAAUAGAUUCCUUGGACAUCAAAGUAUUUGAUACUACAGAAGAUGAUCUAUCACAACAACAACAACAACAACAACAUGAGUUAAGUAGGUCCACGGGUCAUUAUGUGGAUAUAAUUACACUGAUAAAUAUGUUGACUUCACCCUCAGAGAUUGAUUACCAAAUAAUAUCAGAUUUCUUCUUAACUUAUAGAUCAUUUAUUUCACAAUAUUCAUUACUAAAGAUACUGUUCAUGAAACUCCAGUGGAGUCUGACACAGAUAGACGAUAAUGCUCAUGAACAUAAACAAA